AUGCCUUCCCUAUCCGGUGUAUACACUUCGUUCUCCGGUCGAACCUUGGCCGUCGACGAAGGAGGCCAGCUUGUCCUCCUUCCCCAAGGGAGCGCACCGAAUGCGCAGAGCAAGCUUCGAGCAGAUGCUGAGUUCUGGCUCUGCCGUGACGAUGGCCUUAUUGGAAAAUUCGGCAAUCCGGACAAGGUAUUGCUGCGGGUGCAAGACCAAGAGUACCACGUUUGGGUGGAACCGCGGGGAUUCAGCGACGGAGAAAACGAGUACGGACUCGUGGCCGUAGUACCUGGCGCGGAAUACAGCAAUCGGUUCUUGGCGGUGGAUGAGGAAGAGCUAAGGUUGCAGAUCGUGGAUCAAUGGACCGGGGGGGCCAAGUUUCGAUGUGUGGAGGAUUCAAUCUAG